AUGUUUUCAGAUAUUUCAAAUUAAAUUUCUUUCUAAGAGGUUGUAACUUUAAUAAUAAAAAGUUAGUUGCAAUGAAUGCAAAGGCAAUGAACUAAUUUCCUUAUCACUAAUUUAUUUACUCAAUUGCCUGAACUUAGACCUCUACUUACGAAAGUUUGAUAAAGUGUUGAUGUGAUCCAACUGUUCUUUGCUACAAAUGUGUCAACGUAAUUACUAAGAUGUGCUCUCAAAAUUUAACGCGCGUGCUUUUUACAAAGCAAUCGAAUUUGAAAUGGUGUAUUAGUAUAUUAAACAAUCGUGCAUAUAGUGAUAACUCUGUGAAACCAAAGAAAACUCCUUUAUACGAUCUGCACGAAAAAUAUGGAGGGAAAGUGGUUGAUUUUGCUGGUUUUCUGCUACCGGUGCAAUACUCGGAUAUGAGUGUUUCAACCUCACACUUAUUUACCAGAAGCAGUGCAUCUAUUUUCGAUGUAUCACAUAUGUUACAAACGAAUGUUUACGGCAAAGAUUGCGUUUCUUGGUUCGAGUCGAUUUGUCCUGUAGAUUUAAAAGGUAUGGUCAAUGGAAGUAGUUCUUUGACUGUAUUCCUGAAUAACAAUGGAGGAAUCAUCGACGAUUUGAUCGUCACUAAAGUAAAAGAAGAUCAACUAUACAUUGUAUCAAAUGCUGGACGAAUGGAAGUCGAUAAACAACACAUGCAAGAGACUUCGGAAGCAUUUAAAAAGUCUGGUAAAGAUUUGUUAGUGGAUUUCUUAGAUGUUAGUCAAAGAGCUCUUAUUGCGCUACAAGGUCCUAAAGCAGUGGCAGCAUUACAAUCAUUAACAAACAUACCACUUGCUGAUUUAUUAUUUAUGACGUCUACUAUCGGAGACGUUGCUGGAAUCAAAUGUCGCGUGACUCGCUGCGGGUAUACUGGUGAAGAUGGAGUGGAAAUAUCCAUACCAGCAGACAAAGCGACCACAGUAACGGAAGCUUUAUUACAAAACCGCGAUGUAAAACUAGCAGGCUUGGGUGCUCGAGAUUCCCUACGACUUGAAGCCGGUUUAUGCUUAUAUGGGAAUGAUAUUGACGAGACAAUCACACCAGUGGAAGCGAAUCUGACCUGGCUUGUAGCUAAAAGACGUCGAGGUGAGGCCAAUUUCCCUGGAGCUAGUGUUAUUAUGAGACAAAUAAAAGAAGGAGUGGAUAAAAGACGUGUAGGUAUAAGGAUAGAAAAAGGUGCACCAGCAAGAAAAGAUGCGGUUCUCAAAAAUAAGGAAGGGAAAGACAUUGGGAAAGUGACUAGUGGAUGUCCUAGUCCGUCACUAGGGGGUAAUGUUGCUAUGGGGUAUGUUGCCGAACAAUUCAAGAAAUCUAAUACUGAAUUAUUAGUCAACAUACGCGGUAAAGAUGUACCCUGCGUGGUAGCUAAAAUGCCGUUUGUACCUUCUAAGUAUUAUGUGAAGAAAUAAAAAAAUCAUUAAAAUA